AUGAAUAUAUGGAGGUCAAUACUUAUAUUUCUAGGGUUCAAAAAGUCCUAUAAUUUUAUACUCUUCUUCAUCUUUGCCGGCGGCCUGCUUGGCUUUACUCUUGCGCGUCUACAAUUUCUCGACAUUGGCGGACGUUAUGUCAACGGCACCGGUCCUGGAGAGUGGUUCUAUCAAGAUGCCGGUUUCAGACGUGUCGGCAUCACCCUUCAUCUAGGCACCAUCCUCCCCUGCGGAAUCCUCGUGAUAUUUCAGUUCAUUCCCUCGAUUCGAUAUCGAGUAAUACUCUUCCACCGCAUCAACGGAUACAUCAUCAUCACGUUGUUCCUCAUUUCCAACGCUGGAGCAUUAAUGAUCACCCGCCAUGCCUUUGGCGGCGGCGUGGAGAUACAAUUGGCCAUAGGCCUUCUGGUUCUAAUGAGCACUGUCAGCGUCGGCAUAGCCUACUACAACAUCCGCCGACUGCAGAUCGAGCAGCAUCGUGACCAUCCGCCCCUUGCUCGAAAUCAUCACGCGAACUGCCUCGCAUAUCCGAUGUGUUCACCUCCUCCAAACGGUUCAGAGCCGCUCCCAGGCUACAAGCCCGUAGCGAUCGUCCAUCCAGAUAAAAAUAUCAGGGACCCAGCCAGGAUUGGGGCAAAUCUCCACGUCUCAUUUGGAUUGGCAGUGUGGCUUGCGAUGGCCAUGCACAUUAUCGGAGUGGAGAUUUACCUGCAGUUGACGCCGCGGGAGAACCAACGGUUGCGCAUGGUGAGCUAUAAACGACAAAAGGAGGCUGGGUAUGAGAAUCCUGGGAGCGCUGGUCUUGUUGUACAGAAGAUUGGCGAUGCGGAACUUUGGCUUCCGUCGGUUGAAAUAGACCAGACAGAGCUAACUGAGGUGUUAAAGUGA